AUGACUCUGCAGACACCUUCAAUAUCCGUAGACAGUAUCGACGGCAGUUUGUCCGUUGUUUCGCAGCCAUCAGAAGAAAACGUUAUUCGCGCAUUGCCAGAAGUAAUUGAAAAAGCUCAGACAGAGCUGGAAAAUCGGUUAUUCGAGGCUUUGCCGUCACCAGAGAAGUCAACCGAAGAUCUGUUGCCGUCAGCGCCAUCAGUUGAACUGCACAAUUCUGAGAUGAAGCAAAACCUCAUGAACUGGAGAAAUACGAACUUCGAGAAAUCCUGUGAAAUGUAG